GGAGCUGGGAGAUAUGGUCAUACAUCGUCAAUUUUUGCGGCUGAAGAGAAGACAUUGGCACGGUCAGCAGAAGAUCAUAAAGGGCUAUGUUCAAUGUAUUUCUCCGGUGAACUCGGUUGUCAUUGAGAAGUCGCUCCGUCAGAUUGCGAUUGCGCUGGAGCUGCCCACCAAAGUUACUGGCAUUGCUGUUCACUCGUGCCCGGACGGUCGUGACAUCCCUGCUCCACCCGGGGAUCCUUCUCGGCAACUCUUUCAUCUCCAAGCGGAAGCCGGGCACCACCAGGCUGCAUUAUUUUUUUAGUUCCCUUUCACCUUGAGGUCUACCACCAAGGUAAGGGUCUCGGUUUGAUCGACGAAAAGGAAACGUGUUCAUAUUUGUCCGUUUGUACGCAGCAGAUUAGUCCUUGCCGACCUCGGUAUCCAUCUACAACCACGUGUGUAAGACAGAUUCUACGUGAGGUUGAAAGAGAGAGUUUCAAUGGGUAUUCUCGAUCUGUUCGUUGUGGCCUUGAUGCCAGUUCUGAAAGUACUCUUGGUCACUGCUGUUGGCUCGCUUCUUGCGAUGGAGCGUAUAAAUCUGCUGGGGCGCGAUGCAAAGCAACACGUGAAUAAUUUGGUGUUCUACAUAUUCAGUCCAUCAUUGAUAGCAAGCAAGUUGGCUGACACAAUUACACUCAGCAGUCUGGUUACUUUAUGGUUCAUGCCAGUGAACAUUCUUCUCACAUUCAUUAUUGGCUCAGCGCUCGCUUGGGUACUGAUAAAGCUCACAAGAACUCCCCGGCAUCUCCAAAGCCUUGUCAUAGGUUGCUGUGCAGCAGGAAACUUAGGAAACUUGCUCUUGAUUAUACUUCCUGCUGUCUGCACUGAGACAAAUAGUCCAUUUGGAGAUUCAUCCACCUGCUCCACUUAUGGCGAGGCAUAUGCUUCCCUGUCUAUGGCGAUAGGCGCCGUGUACAUAUGGUGCUAUGUGUACCCGCUCAUGAGGAUAUCUGCAGAGAAGAGAGCUGAAGAAACAGACCCAAAGGACUCCACAGCAAGCCUAAAUGCUGAUGAAGUAAUUUCAGGUGGACUUCCAGAGAUCAUCACAGAACCAUUACUUGCUUCAGAGGAUUCUCCAAGCCCUAUGGACUGCGUUAGCCAAGAAGAUGAAAUUUGUCAAACGAGGUUCGAGGGAAAAACAAAGAUAUUAUGCCUCAAGAAGAUCAGGCAGCAUAUAACAACUAUUACAGAGCAUAUUGACAUAAAGAAGUUGUUUGCACCUUCUACAAUUGCAGUGAUUAUCGGUUUCAUAAUUGGAGUUGCAUCUCCAAUCCGGAAACUCAUAAUUGGUGAUGAUGCUCCUCUGCGCGUGAUCUACAAUGCGACAGAUUUGCUAGGGGAGGCUGCAAUUCCAUGUAUCACUCUGAUAAUUGGAGCCAAUCUUUUAAGAGGCUUGAAGAGAUCAACAGUUAGUCCCGUAGUUAUCAUAGGGGUUAUCACGAUCAGGUAUAUUGCCUUGCCAUUGAUCGGUAUCGGUGUCGUUAAAGCUGCUCACCACUUUGGCAUGGUUGGAUCAGACGCGCUAUAUCAGUUUACCCUCAUGCUUCAAUUUGCCCUUCCGCCAGCAAUGAAUGUCGGUACAAUCACGCAGCUGCUGGAAGCCGGCGAGAACGAAUGUUCAAUCAUUAUGUUAUGGACAUACGCUGUAGCAUCGUUGAGCCUCACCUUGUGGUCUACAUUCUUCAUGUGGAUUGUCACAUAAGUACAUUCCAUUUGGCUUUUAUUUUCCUCUUUUUCUUUUUUUUUUUUCAAAUCCAAUGCGAAACCCGUGUUGUGACCUUUCCCGGGGAAGGGCAUUAUACCUUAGUAGAUCCUUAGAACUGGAUGAACUUUAUCUGUCAUUCUUUUGGUGGAAGUAACUGUAUCUCACAGAGAAGAGAAAAGGAUGGAAAGAUAUACACUGGCGAUUCGAAAUGUUCUGUUUAUUUCCUACAGGUGUGAUCUUCUAAAGCAUAGGAUCCUAACUGCACGGAAUCUGCAUUCAAUAUAUGCAUCUGGUUUCUUCUUCAGUCAUUGGUAGAACUUUGUACAGUUAAUGAAGUUACCAACUUUUAUUCGAAAUUACCAAUUUUUAAUUCAAUCGAUGUACUAAUAUUCGUCUAA